AUGUCGGGUAUUCCUCCAAUCUACCUGCGCAUUGCCAGCACCGUUUGCUCCCUGGGGGUGCUGGCUGGCAACUACCAAUGGCUAUUGAUGCUGCCACAUCAAGCUUUGAUUCCGAUGCUCCUAAGCAUUGGGACCCUGAUCGCCUUGAGCUUCAUCCAGGACCCUGAGGUGAUCCAUGAGCCCCAGCGCUGUCCCGCCACAGAUUGGAAAAAUCCACCUCCGGCCGUGGGUGUGCGCGACGCGUUUCCCAAAUUUGACCGGAAAGAGCCCGUCAACUCCUUCGUGCAGAUUUGCGAAAGCCUCAUCGAGGAAUGCACGCGCGACUUGCCCAAGACUCAUGAGAUUCCAGAGAUGGAGCAGAAGUGGAUUGUGGACAUGCUGGAGUACAACGUCAAGGGCGGUAAGAUGAAUCGUGGCCUGAUGGUGAUUGAGAGCGGUGCAGUGAUCAUGAAAGCUCAAGGCCGUGAACCCACAGAAGAUGACUUGAAAAAGUUGGCGAUUCUGGGGUGGUGCAUCGAAUGGCUGCAGGCGUGGUUGCUGGUAGCUGAUGACUUCAUGGACAGCUCGGAGACCCGAAGAGGGCAAGUGUGCUGGUACAAGAAGGAGGGAGUCGAUGAGAUUGCCAUCAAUGACGCAUUUUUGAUAGAGAUGCUGGUCUACCGCGUCUUGAAGCGUCACUUUUGGAUGGAGCCAUACUACAUGGACUUGGUGGAUCUUUUCAUGGAGACCACCUUCCAAACUGAAUGCGGUCAAUUGCUGGACCUUCAGUGCAAAAAUGUCACGUUACAGGACUUCACAUACAGCAGAUGGGAGCUCAUCGUGAAGUACAAGACUGCCUUCUACUCUUUCUACCUGCCCGUUGCUUUGGGCAUGCAGGUGGCAGGGAUCCGGGAGCAGGACGCCUAUGAUGCGGUCCGGGAACCCUUGCUGUUGAUGGGCGUCUACUUUCAGGCCCAGGACGACUACCUGGACGCCUUUGCGCCGCCCGAAACCUUGGGGAAGAUCGGCACGGACAUCCAGGACAAAAAGUGCGGAUGGCUCUUUGUGCAGGCCUACCAUCAGCUUUGCUCUCCAGAGCAGAAGGCAUACCUGGACGAGCACUAUGGAAAGUGUAAAGUUCAGACCCCUGAAGAGCAAAAGAUCAAAGAUAUCUACAAGGAGGUUGGCUUGGAACGGAAGUACACAGACUACGAGACCAAGUCCUUCCAGGAUAUCCUUGCCUUCAAGAAUCAAGUGCAAGAAGCUAAUGUGCCGUGGGAAAUUAUUGAGAUAUUCUUGAAAAAGGUGUACAAACGCACCAAAUAAGACCGCUCUUCUGCGGUUUCCCCGCAUUGGGCCCUGCCCAGUGCAGUUCUUUUGCGUGUAGGUGAAGCCUGCAAAGACAGCCUGUGGAACCAGUUGCCGACCAUCCAUUCAUCACGUCU